AUGACCAUUCACCGUGUCACGUUUUUCAAUAUCCCCAGACCGGAGGACAUCGAUGUCCUCUUGGCUGAAUAUCGCCGCCUAGCCGAGGAGGCAAAGAGGAAUUCAGAACCCUAUAUCCUUUCGGUCCAAGCCGGUCGCACACUCCCGGAUGCGCGAACAAAAGGCUACACGUUGGCUGUCAAGACGACUUUUCGUAACCUCGAUGAUAUGAACUUUUACGAUCAUGAGUGCGAAGCACAUAAGCGUCUGAAGUCCGUUGCUGCACCGAGAAGGGAGGGUGAUGUGUUUACUGCUUAUUUUGAGGACGAGCUUGGAAAUGCCGCCUAG